AUGGUGCUAAUCUUUAUCUCUGGGACAGCCAAAUAUAUGGAGAGAAUAUGGAUACUUGGGAGAGCCGGCUCAUGGGGACCUAUAAGCAGGCCUUGGGGUCCGUUGCUUGGGCAGAAAAGAACCCAGGCAUUGUUCUCUUCUGACAAAAGAUCCGAGUUUCACAUAGAGGAUGUGGCUCAUGACAUAUUUUAUAGAAGCAUGGGCUUUUUCAUGAACAGGACUCCUAAACUGUAUGUCUAUGAUGAUUGGAGGCGGCGGGAACGAGGUACUGUGACUUCCUCAGAGGAGAGAGUUAACUUUGCAUAUAAGUUAGCUGAGAUCCAACUCUCAUUGAUCUAUGACUACUUGUACACCAAGUUUGGAAGCCUCGAUGGUGUGUUGCACCGGCUCACCAUCCUUGUCCUAAACUCUACAGCUCUGGCCCUGCUUGUUGUUCAUCAUAAGGGAGGGAAGAGGCGAUCAGAAGCUGUCAAGUCCAACUAUGGUGUAGCUGAUGUUGCCAUCUCUUACAUAUUGCUUGUGGGUGCCGUGGCGUUGGAGAUAUCCUCUAUACUGAUCUGGCUCAUAACAUCAUAUUGGCCAUACAAGGUAUGGCCAAGAGGAGACCAUAGUCCAAGAAUUGUGGUUAGCAUCCUCAAGCGCCUCCGCCUAGCACAGGGAAGCAACAGAUUGGAAUGGUCAGGUAAGCUGCAGCAGUACAACUUGACUGAUGAAAUCAUCCAAGAGGAGAAGGCGAGAAAGGAAUAUGGAUGGUUGAAAUGGAUAAUGUGGCAUAUGGGCAUCAAGCAACAAGACGACGCAACAACCAAACAUGUUGCCAUCUCCCCAGAGGUAAAGAAGGUGUUCCUUGAUAAACUACGUGAGAAUUACUGGAGGUUGGACUUGGCCAGCUUCCGUGCCGAGUGGGCAACUUCUUCCUCCUCUAAGUUUGGUGCAGCUCAACAGGAAGUCAGAGGCAUCUUGGAAGGCAUGGAUCUUGUAUCAAGUGCCUUUCUUUGGCACUUUGUGACGGACAUAUGCCUACUGCGGGACGAGACGCCCUCUAAGCUUAGAACCUGCAGCCAGCACCUGUCCAAUUACAUCAUGCACCUGGUCUACAAGUGCGACUUGAUGGUUGAUGCUGAGGGGUGUUCAUUAUUUGAAGACUAUAUACGGUUGAUGGGAAAACUUUGCAAAGAUGCCAACUAUGAUAAGAGGGACCUCCUCCAGAGAUUCCGCACUGACAGAUUCUCUCAAGAUCCAGUCCAUCGAGCAGCUGGGAAAGCUACUAAGGUGGCCUUUCUACUCAACAGUGAAGCAGCAACUGCUGAUCAGUGGGAGAUGAUCACAAUGGUAUGGUUGGAAAUGCUCUGCUACAUCGCAAUGAACUGUGAUCAUGGGUUCCACGCCAAGCAGCUGAGCGUUGGAGGGGAGUUCCUCACUCAUGCCAAGAUGAUCAUGUUUCAACUGGUUGUUCCCGAUGUGGAGCUAAUGAGUGAUGUAACAUAA